CUUAAUAACUUGAUGAGUUACAGAAAUGCAAUGCAGCAGUGGAAAGGAUUAUUUCAUUAUCUGUGGCCUAAAUCAUAUUCUGCUGACAUCCUGGAACACACUGGUAAUCCCAGGUACAAUAUAAAGCAAAGGGGAUACACCCAGGGUCCAUUUGUAGCACAGACCUGACUCAUUCCACCACCGUCCCGCAGACAUAGCCAAAGUCCAGUACAGAGGGGGCAGCACACCACUCAACCACAGCCAUGAAUGGAACAGAGGGCCCGUUCUUCUACGUGCCCAUGUCCAAUGCCACUGGCGUUGUGAAGAGUCCAUACGAUUAUCCUCAAUACUACCUAGUGGCACCAUGGGCAUACGCCAUGCUUGGAGCUUACAUGUUCUUCCUCAUUCUCAUCGGCUUUCCAAUCAACUUCCUUACGCUGUAUGUCACCAUUGAGCACAAGAAGCUGCGCACACCCCUAAACUACAUCCUCUUGAACUUGGCUGUUGCUGACUUGUUAAUGGUGUUUGGAGGCUUCACGACCACGGUAUACACAUCUAUGCAUGGCUACUUCGUCUUUGGGCGCCUUGGCUGCAACCUGGAAGGCUUCUUUGCAACCUUUGGUGGUAUCAACUCACUCUGGUGCCUGGUCGUGCUCUCCAUUGAGAGAUGGGUAGUCGUUUGCAAACCCAUGAGCAACUUCAGAUUUGGAGAGAACCAUGCCAUCAUGGGAGUAGCAUUCACCUGGGUCAUGGCCUUGGCCUGUACUGUGCCCCCCCUGGUCGGCUGGUCCCGUUAUAUCCCUGAGGGCAUGCAGUGCUCAUGUGGAAUUGACUACUACACUCGUGCAGAGGGGUUCAACAAUGAGUCCUUUGUCCUCUACAUGUUCUCAGUCCACUUCUUGACCCCACUCUUCAUCAUCACCUUCUGCUAUGGUCGUCUGGUCUGCACUGUCAAGGAGGCUGCAGCUGCACAGCAGGAGUCUGAAACCACCCAGAGAGCUGAGCGUGAGGUCACUCGCAUGGUCAUCAUCAUGUUCAUUGGCUACUUGGUUGCCUGGUUGCCCUAUGCCAGUGUGGCUUGGUACAUCUUCACCCAUCAGGGCAGUGAGUUUGGUCCUGUCUUCAUGACCCUCCCAGCCUUCUUUGCCAAAAGCUCCUCAUGCUUCAACCCUAUCAUCUAUGUCUGCAUGAACAAGCAGUUCCGCCACUGCAUGAUUACCACCCUGUGCUGCGGCAAGAACCCCUUCGAGGAAGAGGAGGGCGCUUCCACCACUGCCUCCAAGACCGAGGCCUCAUCCGUCUCCUCCAGCUCUGUGUCCCCGGCAUAAAGACACGAGCCACCUUACUCACUAUAGCAAGAUCUACUGGGCACUCCUACAACAGCCACCGAGACGAAGACUUCAGCCCAGAGAAUCAA